AUGACACAUUUACGGUCUACGACAACAGACCACCCGCGAUUACAUGAGCUUGUAUUAAAUAAGAUACAGCAUCUUAUCCGACGAGGGGUCCCCGUCUUAUCGGCAAUGGAGACCAUUUGCGAUUUUUGCGAAAAAGGCCGGGCCACGGUCUAUUGUAAAGCGGAUUCCGCUAGGCUCUGUCUCUCGUGCGACCGAGUAGUUCAUUCAGCAAAUAAUCUCUCCCUUCGCCACCAUCGCACGCUGCUCUGCGACGGAUGCAACGCGGAGCCAGCCUCUGUGCGAUGCCGAGACGAAAACCUUUCUCUCUGCCCGGAUUGUGACCUCGCGUCUCACAACGCAAAUCCGUCCGGCGCGAACCACAGCCGUCACGUGUUCGAAUGUUUCACGGGCUGCCCGUCCGCAGCGGACCUGGCGAAGCUAUGGGGUUGCGACAUGGCUCAACCGCCGCCGCUCCUUCAAGUGCAAAAAGCCCAACCCGCCUCCUCCACUUCCACCGCCGGAGGUGGCGUUUUAACUUCCGCUCACGGUUUUCUCGCCGCGCCGGAUCCCGAUACCUCUAGGCAGCUGGCGGAACCUCAAACACCUAGGCCGGCCGUAGUAUUACCUCGUGUGUCGCCGAAACACGUCGCGUCAGGCGCUCCUUUAUUACCCUUCUCGAUCGAUGCCACUUCCGCGGAGGCGAUUCAGCGGUUACGAGCGAGUCAGGGGAAUCCGUUAACGGACCCGAGUUCAAGAAUAUCCCCUACUCCGGGGGUUAUUCCUAAAUUCGGACUCCAGAGUGGUUCUCGAGAUGGAGAAUCUCCGAAUUCAGAAAUCGUUACCCCACCAAUAGCUACCGCAGGAAGGGCAAGCGCAGGAAGUUGGGGAGCACCGGUAGCCGUUAACCAGACGGCGCCGUCAGCCGCCGUCAGCUUACCGGCCGACAGGCGCGCAGUGCCUCCGAGCUCGAAUUUGGCCGUCAAUUGCGGCGACGUGCAGGGAAUGAAAGCAGCAACUCCUUGGAACAGUCAGCACCCGGCAGCAUCUUCCAUGGCUGCUGCAUCUCCCAUGAUUGCUGCGUCUCCCAUGCUCGCCGCACCUGGCGCAUACCCCUUCCGGCCGCAAUCGGCGGCGCCGCAGUCGCCGGAGCAGCUGCUCAGCCAAGGCUCAGGCCCGAGGCUAGGACAGGGCAUGCGAUCAAGCCCUCUCAACGGGCUCCGUUCCAACACCCGUAUCCCUCCCAGCUCCCCCACCGUCCCCACGUCCGCAAUGACCGCUCCUAUCCCCGCUCACCCUGCUUCCACUCCCGGCGCUCCUUCCAAUUCUGCGGCCACUGCCCCCUCCCCUGCUCCGUCUGCCUCGGCUUUGGCAGCGCCGCUCAAUUCUGCGCCCACCGCCCCUGCUGCAUCGCUACCAGCAGGGUCGGUAGGCAGGCAAUUUACGCGAUCGUACUCUCUUCACACGGACGCUCAGUCGCCGGUGUUCCCAAGUGGGAUAAGAACCCUCACCCGCGCCAACACCACCCACACCGGCGCUCCGUCGGCUGCUGCUCUCUCCGACCGCGACCUGAAUUUUCACCUGAGCCAGCUGGCCAAUCGGAGGAUCGCGCAGGAGAUUGCGCAGUCCAGGCGGACAGGGGGAGUCGGCGAUGCAGGCGGAGUGAGCAGCGCAGGCGGGGUUGCGCGAGGGGGUGCAGGCUCCCCGAUGGUUCUCGAGGAGUCGCAUAAGGGCAGCAGAGGGGGCAUGACCGCGGGGGGGAUGACAGCAGGGGGGAUGACCGCCGGGGGGGGAAUGGGCAGGUUGGGGGGAAUGAGAGUAGGGAUGAAGCGGAGCUUCGGAGUAGACCCAGCGGAUUUCCCCAUGGCGGCGCCGAGCUUGGAGGCUGGCGGCACUGGCAGGAGUCCGAGCACGGCUGCUGGGGAGCUCUGCGAUGGCAGCGGUAGUGGGUACGAGGUGGGGACGCCCUCUCGCGCUGCUGCGCGCGGAGUAGCUGGGGAGAAGUUUCCAGGAAAGCGGCAUGCUGGGGGCCUGACGUGUGCCAGUCAGGAGUCACUCCGCGAGGCAGCAGCAGGGGUCCGCGUGGGCGGAGAGGGUCCUGGUGGGGAGGUAGGCAGCGCGGGGCGUACAGGAGUACUGGCCUGUUCUGAGAAUAAUUAUGAUCAGAAAGCGCAUGCGGUAGGAGGAGGUGGUGUGCGGUCGACAGGCGAGAUGGCGCAGACAGGGGAGUGCGUAGGCGGCGGGACAGCAGGGGCCGCGUGGGGUCGGCAGCAGCAGGAGACGAAGGAAGAGUUGAAGCAGGAGGUGCUGCAGGAGCUGCACGCGCAGAGGAUACAGCAGCUGACGCGGGAGCAGAUGAUGCAGCAGAUGCAGCAGGUGCAGCAGCUGAGUCAGCAGCAGCAGAUGCCGCAGCCGCAGGCACAGUGUGGGGCGCAGGGGGAGCGAACAGCAGGGGAGCGAGCACAGGAGAUGCAGGUGCCUGCGCCUGUGGCUGGCGGAUACGCCCUUGGGAACUCUGCAGUAUCAGGGAGCCCGAAGGCCUCUGGCAGUUCCGCAGAGGCUCAGAAGACCACCCGCAGCCCUGCAGGAAAUUCUGCAGGAAGCCAGGAUGGUCCGGGAAUGGGAGCAUGCGAGGUGGCGGCAGGUGCGCCAAGGCAGCAGCCAACGGGUAGAGGAGAGGAGGAUGCGGCGGAAAUGUCAGCUGCUGGCUCUUCCGCAGCAGCAGGGAGAGGAGCAGCAGGAGCAGCAGAAGCAGAAGCAGCAGCAGUGGAAGUGGAAGCAGUGGGUUCCGGUCCGUAUGACGUGGCAGUAGCAUCAAGCACACUGGUGGAUGCUGAUGAUGAUCCAUUGGACCAAUCCGUGCAUGGCAACUGCAUGCUUCAAGCCCAUGUCAUGGCUGACGGCCAUGGGAUGGGUGUAGGCCAUGCGCAUGGCAUGGACGAUUCACACAGUCAAGAUAUGGCGACACUGAUGGAUGCAGAGAUGGGCAUGGGAAUGAACAUGGGCAUGGGAAUGGCGUUUCACAUUGAGGACAUGGAUAUCCCCAUGCCUCUUCCUGGCUGUGAUGACAUGUUUUCUCUCCCUGAUUCCGACUUUGGAGGAGUCUUCUGUGCUGCAUCUGGUGCCGGAGCUUACGCUGCUGGGGCAUAUGCUGCUGCUGCUGGGGCUGCGGCUGCGGCUGGGGCUGGGGCUGGGGCUGGGGUUGGGGUUGGGGGUGGGGCUUUCGCUGCUGCGGGUGCGUAUGCGGGGUCCACGGGUUGUGGCAGUGCGGCAGCUGACACCUGA